ACCGUCCAAAACACACACACAAUUAUAUUUGCACUGAAAAGAAAUGACAGAAAUACAGGUUGAAAGCCUCUGGCUUUUGGCUCUCGCUUCAAAAUGGGAAUCUCUCACUCUCCUAAACGCUGCCGUUUUUGCAUUUCUCUUCCUACUUUCAUGCCUGACCCUCAACUUAAUCUUCUGGGCCCACCCCGGCGGCCCUGCUUGGGGCAAGCACCAUUGGAGUAAGCCCUCGUCAUCAUCGGAUUCUCCCCCAAUUCCAGGCCCAAAUGGAAUCCCUAUAGCUGGAAGCAUGGGCCUCAUGCUGGGCCUAGCCCACCACAAAAUAGCCGCCGCCGCUGAAGCCUGUCGAGCUAAACGCCUCAUGGCUUUCAGCAUCGGCCAGACACGUGCCGUUGUCACGUGCAACCCUGACGUUGCCAGAGAUAUUCUCAACAGCUCCACCUUCUCCGACCGUCCGGCCAAAGAAUCGGCUUACAACUUAAUGUUCAACAGGUCCAUCGGAUUCGCUCCCUACGGCGUUUACUGGACGGCGCUCCGGAAAAUCGCCGCCGCGCACCUCUUCUGCCCCAAACAAGUCAAAGCUUCGGAGCUGCAGCGCGUGGAAAUAGCGAACCAGGUGGUGGCGGCACUCUCCUCAAACGUACGCGCCGAUAUUCGCGUGAGGGAUUUGCUGAAACUCGCUUCACUUAACAACAUGAUGUGCUCUGUUUUCGGAAGGAAAUACGACGUCGUUUCAAUGGACCCGGAGACCGAGGAGUUGAAUGAUUUGGUUGAACAGGGCUACGAUUUACUGGGGCAGCUGAACUGGUCGGACCACCUGUCGUUCUUAGCUGAUUUAGACAUACAAAAAAUCCGGUUCAGGUGCUCCCGGAUUGUGCCGCGGGUGAACCGUUUCGUGGGAAGGAUAAUCGCCCAGCACAAGGCGGCGAACGGCGCCGGGGAGAUCAACCCUGAUUUUGUGGAUGUCUUGUUGUCUCUCAAGGGUGCUGAUAGACUGUCGGAUUCAGACAUGAUCGCCGUUCUUUGGGAAAUGAUAUUUAGGGGCACGGACACGGUGGCAGUUCUGAUGGAGUGGAUAUUGGCAAGACUAGUGUUGCACCCUGAUAUUCAAUCCAAGGUCCACGAGGAGCUGGACAAGGUUGUCGGAAGGUCACGUGCGGUGACGGAGUCUGAUCUAACGGAGCUGGUCUACUUAACGGCAGUGGUGAAGGAAGUGUUAAGGUUGCACCCACCUGGCCCACUUCUAUCGUGGUCCCGCUUGUCGAUAAGGGAUUCCACGGUGGAUGGGUAUCACGUGCCAGCUGGUACCACAGCCAUGGUUAACAUGUGGGCCAUUAUGAGGGAUCCUGGUGUUUGGGUUGACCCAUUGACCUUCAACCCAGACAGGUUUAUGGGCCAAAGCCCAAAUUCAGACAUUUCAGUUUUAGGGUCGGAUCUGAGGCUGGCGCCUUUUGGUUCGGGUCGGAGGUCUUGCCCUGGUAAAACAUUAGGGAUGAGCACCGUCAACUUCUGGGUGGCCACCCUUUUGCAUGAAUUUCAAUUUGUGGGCGGUGGUGGUCAAAGCGUUGACUUGUCUGAGAUGCUGAGGCUGUCUUGUGAAAUGGCUAACCCUCUGGUUGUCAGGGUCCGACCCAGGCGUUGCUUCUCGUCGUCGUCGGCUUCUCAUUCAUUCUUAGCAUGCAGUACUUAUUAGUGGGAAUUAUUAUUUAUUAUUAAAAAAAAAAAGAUAAAAAGAAAUUGCGCUAAUCAUAUCGAUCUCUUAUAUAUAUAUAUAUAUAUGUCUAGAAAAAAAAAAGAAGUAUGGUUGUGGGUGGGUCUGUCUUACUUUAUGUGAAACUGUUGUUGUAAGUUUUCGAUCUGUGUUUGCUGGUGUUAACAAUUUAGAAGCAAGGCAGAAUUACUCGAUCGACUUAUAUACAUAUAUGUAUAUAUAUAAUCAAUGUAAAAGAAUUACAGUAUUAUUCAAAAUUAAUGCUUGGUUUGAUCAUAUGAUCAGU